CAAUGCAACAAAGAGACACACUCAACACAUAAGUCAAGUGCAUGGGAACACUAAAAUGAUGAUGGGUUCCUAAUCUAUUUCACAAGGUGAAGCUACCUUUUGGGAGAUUUGCAAUUUUGAAAACUGCCUGCAAAAAAACGAUGAGAAAGGAUCCAUGUGGUACAGUCUGUUAAAGAGAGAGAAACGUGAAUGUGACAAUUUAAACUAAAUAAAAAAAGAAAAAACCUGGCAAUGAUUCCUGCCUACCUGCUGUUCUCUCUGCAUGGAUAGAAACAGAGGGUGAUAAGAUGGAGCAUCUCUUUUCUUAAGUCCUUACCAUAUGGAGCUCACUAAACUCUAGUUAAGUAUCUCUUAAAACACUCAUUUCAUUUCAUUGCUGCUGUGAAUGAAAUCAUCUUUCCACAUUUCUAAAUCUUGCAUGAAUGCCUAAAUUUUAGUCUUUGUAUUAAGGAAAACCUUCAAAGUGGUAAUAUUUACUUUCUGGUGAGAGUAAACUAAGCCGUUCAAGUGAUGUUUAAGUACGGUUGUAUAUUUGCUGUACAGUGGAACCAGAGAAGCACUGUUCAUUUCUGCUGUAAAACAAUCACCUGGCCAUACACCUGCUGAGAGAUCUCACUUCAUGGUAUAAAUUCCUCUAGAAUCCUCCUCAAUGUCGUUGCUGACGUAAACUGUCAAAAUGUGCAUCUAGGUUAAAGUCCUUAAAUGCAUUUUUUGAGGCUUAAUCUGCCUUAUAGUCAUUAUAACACUCUUACGAAAAAGUUUCUCAAGGUAGUAUUUCAAAGUUCAAAGCACAGUUAAAAUAAAACGAACUCCUUUCUUUUCUUUUCUUUUUUUAGCAAGCCCUUGCCUGUGACAGUGUGUUGGCCAACAUGGCACCCAAAAAGAAGUCUGUCAAAAAGAACAAAGCAGAAAUCAACGAGAUGACUAUAAUUGUAGAAGACAGCCCCUUAAACAAACUGAAUGCUUUGAAUGGGCUCCUGGACAGCGGCAAUGGCCUCACCUGCAUUUCUUCUGAAUUAACAGAUGCUUCUUACGGCCCCAAUCUCUUGGAAGGUUUAAGUAAGAUGAGACAAGAGAACUUUCUAUGUGACUUAGUCAUUGGUACCAAAACCAAAUCCUUUGAUGUUCAUAAGUCAGUGAUGGCCUCAUGCAGUGAGUACUUUUACAACAUCCUCAAAAAGGACCCAUCAACUCAAAGAGUGGAUCUCAAUGAUAUCUCCCCGCUAGGCCUGGCCACCGUCAUUGCAUAUGCCUACACCGGAAAGCUGACCCUUUCCUUGUACACAAUCGGAAGCAUUGUGUCUGCUGCUGUGUGUCUCCAGAUUGACACUCUUGUGAAGAUGUGCAGUGAUUUUCUGGUCCGGGAGCUUAGAGUUGAGAACUGCAUGUAUGUUGUUAACAUUGCUGAAACAUACUCCAUGAACAACGCCAAAGCAGCAGCCCAGAAGUUCAUCAGGGAUAACUUCAUCGAAUUUGCAGAAUCAGAUCAAUUUAUGAAACUUACCUUUGAACAAAUCAAUGAGCUUCUGAUCGACGACGACCUACAGCUGCCUUCUGAGUUAGUAGCAUUCCAGAUUGCAAUGAAAUGGUUAGAAUUUGACCAAAAGAGAGUGAAAUAUGCUGCCGAUCUUCUCAGCAAUAUUCGCUUCGGUACCAUCUCUGCACAAGAUCUGGUCAAUUAUGUUCAAUCUGUACCGAGAAUGAUGCAAGAUGCCGAUUGUCACAAGCUCCUUGUGGACGCUAUGAACUAUCACUUACUUCCGUAUCAUCAAAACACACUGCAGUCUAGGCGAACGAGAAUCCGAGGAGGCUACCGAGUCCUUGUCACUGUUGGGGGACGCCCAGGCCUUACCGAGAAGUCCCUUAGUAGAGACAUUUUGUAUAGAGACCCUGAAAAUGGAUGGAGCAAGCUUACAGAAAUGCCAGCCAAGAGUUUCAAUCAGUGUGCAGCUGUGAUGGAUGGAUUUCUUUAUGUAGCGGGUGGUGAAGACCAGAAUGAUGCAAGAAAUCAAGCCAAGCAUGCAGUCAGCAAUUUCUGCAGGUACGAUCCCCGCUUCAACACCUGGAUCCACCUGGGCAGCAUGAACCAGAGGCGCACGCACUUCAGCCUGAGCGUGUUCAACGGGCUCCUGUACGCGGUGGGCGGCCGCAACGCGGAGGGCAGCCUGGCCUCCGUGGAGUGCUACGUGCCCUCCACCAACCAGUGGCAACCCAAGGCGCCCAUGGAGGUGGCCCGCUGCUGCCACGCCAGCGCGGUGACCGACGGCCGCGUGCUGGUGACCGGCGGCUACAUCGGCCACGCGUACUCGCGCUCCGUGUGCGCCUAUGACCCGGCCAGCGACGCGUGGCAGGAGCUGCCGGGGCUGAGCACGCCGCGAGGCUGGCACUGCGCUGUCACGCUGGGCGACAGGGUGUACGUGAUGGGGGGCAGCCAGCUGGGGCCGCGCGGGGAGCGCGUGGACGUGCUGGGCGUGGAGAGCUACAGCCCCGCGGGCUGCCAGUGGAGCCGCGCGGCGCCGCUGCCCGUGGGCGUGAGCACCGCGGGCGCCUCCGCGCUGCACGGCCGCGCCUACCUGGUGGGCGGCUGGAACGAGGGCGAGAAGAAGUACAAGAAGUGCAUCCAGUGCUUCAACCCCGAGCUCAACGAGUGGACCGAGGACGACGAGCUGCCCGAGGCCACCGUGGGCGUGUCCUGCUGCUCGCUGGCCAUGCCCGUGGGCGUGACGCGCGAGUCCCGGGCCAGCUCGGUGUCCUCCGUGCCCGUCAGCAUCUGAGCGCAGGGCGGUGCGGGCCCCCGGGGGUAGAGUCCGAGGAGCCGGAAGGAAAAUAUGGCACAUUUACUACAGCGACUGGACUUGAAAGUGUACCCAGGCGCAGGUCUGGGGGGGUUGCUGGUCUUGGUAUGGCAUAAUCUACCUCUGACUUUUUACUAUUUUCUCUCUUCUUGAAAUCAAAAUACAGCCAACAAAAGAAGCCACUAGUUCGUCGGCCACUGGGUGGCACACGGAAGUCGUUGCAGGCCGGGUUUCCUGAGUGGCCAGCGGUCGCACCCACACUUGAGAUCUUUUUGUAUUCCGCAUUUAAGAACACGUGAAGCUUAUGGGAGUAAGCAACUUCGUGUUCCAAAGUUUAUCUUCCUCUCUCUUUUUUUCUUUAAAGAAGUUAAAAGUGCUCAUUUAUAGGUUUUAUUUUCAUAUGGAAAUGGUCUAUAUCUAUAAAGAUUCAAUUCUGUAUUUCAACACGAUCUUUUUUCCUAUGCUUGACUGAAAGAAUGAUUUUUAAAGACAUCUCCCAACAAAGUCAUAAAAGCUUAAAGAAGAGCUGACCCAAAAGGAACAGAGCUUCCACCCAAGGACUGACAAAGUGACUCCUUUGAGUUGGCACCGAUUUCCCUAGUCCUCCCUGCCUCAGGCCCCCGGUAUAUUUCCUAUCAUAAGAUCCUACCUUCAAAGAAGGAACUGACACUAGGCAUUUAAUGUACAGUGCAAAUUCAAACCAUUUUGCUGUUUCUUUUUUAAGUAUUUGCGCUUUCUCCCUCGUAUCCCCGGAGACUUGUCUUGGCCUAACACCAACAUUUCCACAAGCAACAGUCGCCUGUAACAUCACUCUGGGAACAUCACCAAAUAAACUGGUGUUCUUAAAGAUCACAAGCACAAAGCUUGACCUGAAGACUGAACAGCAAGCAACAGUAAUUGUACUUUCCCCACUCUUCAUAUAAUGAAAAUGAAGGAAAGAUGGUGAAUUCUUGGAUUUGACAAUUGCUAGAUGAAGGAAGGGAUUCUCCUGUUGGUGAAUACCUUUGUCUCUCAUUCCUUAUUUAUCCUCCUGAUUUCUUCAUUAAAAAUCUGACGCAUAUUUCACAUAUAACUCUUAAAAUAGUAUAGGCCCAUUCAGUUCUGUUUUUGUGAACCUCAACUCCAAAUGAGCUUUGCAAAUCAAAGUGUAUCAUUUAUCAUUUGUCUUACAUAUUUGCCGAGUUUGAGAGAACAGGAAUGAUUGUAGUAAAUGGUACAUAUUUUCCUUUCUUAUAAUUUAUCUCUUUACUCUUUGAUAGUGUAUUUGUUUUGGAGAGGAAGUGGCUUAUCAAUUAUGGGUUAUGUGCAAUUGCAUCUUGAGAAUAAAUUUUUAAAAGUUAAACAUGAGCUAUAUGGAAAUAUAACUCGCUUUUCAUUAAUCUCAUCCUCUCCCACUUUUGUAGAUAGGUUAUUGCUAGAGUUACAAUAUUUACAUUAAAAUACAGUCAACCCUCCUUAUCUGUGGGUUCUAUAUCUGCAGAUUCAACUAACCAUGAAUGAAAAUAUUUGCAAGAAAUUGCAUCUGUACUGAACAGGUACAGACUAUUUUUGUCAUUCCCUAAACAAUACUGCAUAGCACCAUUUACACACCACUCCAUUGCAUGAGGUAUUGUAAGUAUUCAGGCAUACAGGAGAAUCUGAGUAGGCUGUAUGCAAAUACUACACCAUUUCAUGUAAGAAACUUGAGUGUCCAUGGUUACUGGUGUCCUAGUACCUGGAGAUACCAAAGGAUGACUGUAUUUUAUUCCAACUGUGAAAAGUGGUUCAAAUAUACACUUUGUGGAACAAUUUUAUAUCAUUGCCCCUCUAUGGGUGCUUAAUGGCAACACUCAGGUACAAAGGUAUAAACACUGCGAAUUAAGAAUAAGAUAUUAUUAGUAUGAAAAUGCUGGACUGUUUCCUCACCCCACACAGAGAACGGGGAAUUUCACCAAGUGCAGAGCAGAUCGAGAGCACCUGCUGCUUUGAUUCCACGUCUGCCCAGGCUGGGAAAUACAGCUCUGCGAGAGAGUAGUUCAUGGAGCAAGUAAAAUCACUGAGCUCUUUAUUUACCAAUGAUACAACCUAUAUAUAUAGCUGCACUGGUGAGACAAAUUUUUCAUCGUUACUCAAUCAUUUUGGCGCAACUUACAAAGCCUACGUGAGAGUGACUGUAAGAUCUUUAGUUUGGUAUAUGCGCACACCCAUACACUGAAAAGUCUAGUAUGUUGUUAAUUUUGGGACAAAAAUGCUUAAAUGCCAUAAAUAGGCACAAUAGAUGCAAUUCUUUGAUGUGCACUAAAAGAUGUGUUUCCCACUGAGGUCUUAAAGGUGGUGUGUGAAGAGGAAGACCUAGGUCUUUAAAUGAAGUAAAACCAAUCAAUUGUAACAUUUUAUGUUAGAAAAAUGAGGAGAGAUACUGAAACUAGAGAAUUCUUCAUCUUGACAGAACAGGUUGUACAAAAACCUGGCAGUGGCUUUCUAGAAUGAAAACUGGAGAUAUUUUAGAGCUAGAUAAAGCAUGUCAAACUUUAAAAUUAAACUGUUUUCUGCAUUGUUUAUCUGAAGAUGUAUCUGGGCUUGCCAGGCUCCAGGGUGCAUUGUUGUUUUAUCUAUUUCAACAGUAUGGGUUUGGAAGGCUAGAAAUUCUGACAUAACACAUUGGUAAGGAGUGUGCAACAAAAGGGUCGGUGAAAGUUUUGAAUCCUGGAACACCUUGCACUGCCAACAGAAAGGCACAAAUCAAAUUAAAUAACGCAUGUCACCUUCCCUGUGCAUCUGAGACAAUCUUUAAUCCCACUCUGAAAGCAACUAGAAAAUAUAUCAGCUUCUCCACACUUUCCAACUGAAAGUUUCCUGUGAUUUGUAAUCGUUUCAGCUUAGUUAAAUUCAAUUGCACUCCAAGUCUUAGUAUAUCCAACGGUAUACUUCUUUUAUUUUUCUGAAAGAAAAAUACCUGUUAUUUUUGUAAUGUCUGAGUCCUGUGAUUAAAUAAAUGCAUCGAUUCAAUAUAUCAGAGAAACAGAUGUUACCCAGCAGUCAAAACAAUAAAACUAAAGCUCUCUUUUUUCUAAAUGGGCCAGAAAUCUGAUAAGAAAGUCUCCAGGAAGCCAGACUUUAAUGUAGAUUACCCACUUUUGGUUAGGUUUUUGGGACUGAGUUAUGAUCCACCCUGCACUAAUUGCUUUUAGUGCUUUGAAUGACUUUUAUUUUUACUUACUGUGGUGUCAGAAUGGUUGCAAAUUGAAGGAUUACUGAUUAAUAUAGUUCUGUGUUACGGUCAGAUGGUAGUGGACUGUUAUGAGUGGGGACGUGAAAUUGAAGUAAUAAGGAAGUGAGUACCAGAUGGUUCUAUGAUUUAAGGAAGAGCAGCAACUAUAGUAAGUGUAUUUUGCAAACAUGUACAUAACUAGAGGUUACUUGAAAAUAUGUGUUAAAAGGUCAUUUAUUUUUUGCUAGUUAUCCUGGCCAAGUGUCUUCAGAAUUCAUCCAAGUUCCUAAAUAAAGGAAACUAAAAGGACUUCAUUAACUUAUUUUUCCUUUAGUUAAAACCAAGAUGAAUUUUUGAAAUCUCUGGGAGAUCUUGGUCCCCCUCCCGUCACUGAUGGGUAUGUUCUGUGGCACAAGGCAGCAUUAAGAGGAAUUUGUUUCAGUAUCUCUUCUCAUUUCAAUAAAAACUAUAGCAUAAUUUCCUGAACACUCCUUCAUGGGUAAUUAUUAGAACUAAAGACUGUACAAUAUUAAAGAUUUACCCUACAGCACACUCAGAGAGUAAAAACCACUUUAACCUUCCCUCUCAGGGAAUUUGAAAUAAAAUAUUUACUUUGGAUGCUCCUCAAAAUCUUUUUAUCUAUUCAACAAAAUUUGGCAGAAAAUUACUUUGCUUAAAACAUUCUGGUACUAUAUGAGGAACAACAGACUAAAAUGUAUGCAGUGUUAUUUUGUUAUCAUCACUAUUAAUAAAUAUUCAUCAAAUAAAAGCUUAAUCAAUGAUCGAACGUAGAAAUUUUGGAAGUAUUAUUUCUGUGAGUGGGGUGCUUGUUUAUUUUUUCUCUAUUUAGUUGUCAUUAUUAUUUACCUAAAAAAAAAACAGCAAAAGGAAAUAAUUGAAAAAAUGUUUCAGAAGCCUGAAGACUGGUAAAAGAAAACUGCAUGAAACAUAACAGUGACUUGCAGCUGAGUGCUGGUGCUCACACCUGUAAUGCUGUAAUGCUACUUGAGAAGCUACGAUUGGGAGGAUCUCAGUUAGAGGCCAGCUCACAUACAAAAAUAAGUUUACAAGACCUAAUCUCAGUGGGAAAAAGCUGGGAGUCACUGUCAUCACAGCUAUGGCAGGAAGCAUAGAAUAGGGGAAUCGUGGUCCAGCCUGGGCAAAAGGUGAGACCCUAUCUCUAAAAUAAUCAAGGUAAAAAGGGCAGGAGGAGUUGCUCAAGAAGUAAGUGCCUGCUUAGCAAGUGCAAAGCUGAGUUCAAGCCCAAGUGCCAACCCCCCUCCAAAAAACAGUGUCUUGCUUAGUAACUUAGACAAAUAUCUAACUCUGGCCUUACUCCUCCUUGAGCAUUCAGAAGUCACAGAUUGAGUGUUUUUACUAGUCUCAUUUCUACCCUGAUCAUAGCUGGCCUAACAGCUUCAGGUACAUCAUCGUUUGCAGGAAAAUAACUUUUGUCAUUGCUAUACAGACAAAUCCUCACACCCUUUCUCUUCUGCCUCACCUCUCCGAAUGAGCAAAUGAAAUAUAAUCAA